UUAAAGGCAGGAGGUUCUCUGGCAUUGUCAGUGCGCAGAGCUAGACUCUAGCAACAAUGUUCCGAAGAAAGCGAAGUGUUUCUUUUGGGGGUUUCGGAUGGAUUGACAAGUCUACUGUGGCUGCCUUGAGACAGAGGAAACAAGAGAUGGCUAACGGGGCUGACAUGAGCACGCUGGAACCACACUUAUCACCGCCUCACACAGCUCCCCCAUCCACAAGGUCUACGGAGUUCUUUGACAUGCUGGAAAAGAUGCAGACUGUAAAAUUGGAUGACCAGAAGGACAAGAGCAACAGGCAGAAGGAUGAUUACAUCCCCUAUCCCAGUAUUGAUGAGGUGAUAGAAAAAGCGGGGCCAUAUCAGUCUAUUAUCCUCCCCCAGUUUGGAGGAUACUGGAUUGAAGGAAUGGAGACUGUCAUCACACCAACGUCAUCUGAGAGUAGUUUCUGCGAAGAGGAUGUGGUGGAGAACCUGAGUCCCAGCACCUUCGGGUACAAACUGGAAUGCAACAGCACAGCCAGAGUCUACAGGAAGCACUUUCUCAACAAGGAGCAUUUGAAUUUUUAUACCUCAUGCAGUGUUCUUGGAAAUUUGGUAGUUUCAGUCAAGUAUGAAGAUACUGAUGGGCAAGAAUAUUUGAGGAUCAUACUCAGGUCCAAAUCCAAAACGAUCCAUGAGCGACUCCCUCUUGCUGGAGUACCACGCCUUCCCAGUAUCCCACUGAUAGCAAAGCUUCUCUGUGACGACCUGACCUAUGUGAAAUUCUCCCCUGUUCUUUAUCCGAAGGCAUCCCAGUUAAUAGUCGCAUAUGAUGAACACGAGAUCAAUAACAACUUCAAGUUUGGUGUAAUUUAUCAGAAGGUCAGACAGACUACGGAAGCGGAAUUGUUUGGGAACAAUGAAGAAAGCCCUGUUUUUAAGGAAUUCUUGAACUUACUUGGAGACACAAUUGUGCUCCAGGAAUUCAAAGGCUUUCGAGGAGGCCUUGAUGUUGCACAUGGUCAAACAGGGUUAGAGUCUAUCUACACCACCUUCAAAGACAGAGAGAUAAUGUUCCAUGUUUCCACAAAGCUGCCGUUUACGGAAGGAGACUCUCAGCAGCUGCAAAGAAAACGACAUAUCGGGAAUGACAUUGUGGCUAUCGUGUUCCAAGAAGAAAACACACCUUUUGUUCCGGAUAUGAUCGCUUCCAAUUUCCUUCACGCGUACAUUGUGGUGCAGGUGGAGUCUUCCUGUGCAGAUAAAACUACUUAUAAGGUUUCAGUCACUGCUCGAGAGGGUGUUCGUCUCUUUGGCCCACAGUUGCCAAGCCCACCUGUGUUUAAAAAGGGCCCUGAAUUCAGAGAGUUUCUGCUCACAAAGCUCAUCAAUGCAGAAUCCGCUUGCUACAAGUCUGAGAAGUUUGCAAAGCUGGAGAAUCGCACACGAGCAGCGCUGCUGGACAACCUGCAUGAUGAGCUCCACAGCCAGACCCAGGCCAUGUUGGGGCUGGGCUCUGAUGAAGAGAAGAUGGAGAAUGGCGGCCAUGGAGGAUUCCUAGAGUCUUUCAAGAGGGCGAUCCGCGUUCGCAGCCACUCGAUGGAGACCAUGGUGUCGAGCCACAAGAAACACUACAGCGGAGGGUUGCCGGGCAGCCAGAGUGGUGGGAUCCCACACAGCGUGAUGGAAAUCAUCAAGCACCCCCCUAACCAAGCAAAGCUUCUGAAGAGCCCAGUAAAAAGGAGAUCAGCUCUCUUUCCUCGGCCCCAUACAAGCUCAGAUAGUCAAUUGGAUGGCAGACCACGGUGUGAAAGCCUGUCGAGUUUAACGAGGACCCCUGAGAGUGGUCAGAUCUCAUCGGACAUCAGAUGGGAAACAUCCUCCAACCCAAGCUCUCCUGAAAUGGGCCCCAACAAAGACAGAACCUUCAACAAACUCAAGGAGAAUGGCAGGGGCAACAUCUCCCGUUCAUCGUCAAGUACGAGUAGCUUCAGCAGCACGGCUGGCGAGAAUGAAGUAUUGGAGGAAUACGAGGCCAACACAGGUAAUCAGCCACCUACAGCAUUCCCUUUCAGGCAAGAUGUUUCUGCUUACUGCAAUGAAAACCAAAGUGGCUCAAGCCAAACGAGCUUGUGCAAGAGCCCCACAGACACCGCAAAGUGUAAAAGCUCUCCAAGACCGACUUUGAAGUUCAGAUUUGAGAAGCUCCAUUACAGUUCAAACCCAGGUCACUAGCAGAAGUCAGUGCCCCACCUGACAACAUGCACUUGUAAGUGAACACCAUUUCAGGGAUAAUCCAGCUAACAGUAAAAGGUGCCCUUCAUUCCCU